ACUCAUAACAUAUCCGUUACAUGUAUGUAUUUCUGCGCGCAAAUAGAUCAGCGGAUCAAAAUAUUUACAUUUCCCAGCAAAACAAGGACAAUUGAGCACAAAAGCUAAGAAAAGUAUGAAUAUGCGACUGCCUCGCUACCUGGUGGACUCGGAUCCACUGCUGACCAAUGUUGUUUUGCUGUUAGGGGAAGACCCUGCACUGGAGGUCUCAGACACUGAAUGGACGGCAGAAGAACUGGAGAAUGCUGAACAACAGGUGGAAGCUGUGCUGAUGGAAGAAGCCCUGAUCGAAGCAUGCUUCGAAGAAAUGAUGGAGGAAGAGGAGGAUCGUUGGUUCCACAAUCAUGUCAUCGCCAUGCAGCCACCUGUCUACCUGUUUACUCCCCCUUCCCAGGCACCUCUGCAGCAGUUGUCAUCAUCUACCUUGCAAUACGUGCCUGUUUGGCUGUCCAUGGCACAGACACCAACUGAAAAUUAUAGUUCAACUAAUGUUCAUUGCGAACAUAAGUAUUUUCUGGUCAGUCAACUUAAUCCAGAGGCUCCAGAGUUUUAUCCUCAUUCAAUGAUGUCAUAGGAGACAUACUGAGGUGUGCCGAGUCUACAGUGCUUUCAAAGUUGACAUGAUCGUGGCAUUAUUCACAGUGCUUUUUAUUUUUACCUGAGCAUGAAAUGCUCUCGUGAGCUGUGUAUAUCUUAGUGAUACAUCCACUUCCAGUAACUGUAUCGAGCAGAAUACAUUUGAAGAAUAUUGUCUACCUUAGGAUUAUAAAUAUCUGCGUAACUUAGCCCCUUCUAGAACUAAGAUGGAAAAAAUAAUACAAUUUUUCAAGGAGAUUUUGUAUACAACUAUAUUCUUAAAGUACAUGUAAGUACUGUCAUGUAUGUAAAGCUUUUGAAAGCAUCGUCAAAUUCACAGAAAAAAUAUUUGACGAAAUUUAUUUUGAAGAAAAUUCUUUAAAAAAAAUGAAAUAAAUUCUUAAAACUAAAAAAAAAGUGUCCUCUUUGUUUGUUUGAUUAUAAGUUUUGGACUGAGCCUUCAUUGGGUUUCAUUAUUAUUUCCUCAUGUGUUUCGAAUACAAGUAUCUAGAGCUUAAAGCAGGUUUUUUUAUCACCUGUGAUAUUUCAUUUGUUGUAUUUGCAAUCAUGUGUUGGUAUGUACUUUACUGUGUGAUUGUCCAAAGCUGAACUGUAUUCAGCAAUUCUAUCUAAUCAGCAAAAUUACCAUAUUGACAUAUAACUCAUUAACGAAAAUUAACAUAAUUUUAACAAGGUAAGAAACAUGCAUGAGACCACGGUAAGGAUACCAUUUGAGGGAAAAAAAGAAAUGAGCCCGGCUCUGUGAAAAAAGGGGUUGAAUGCAUGUGCGUAAAGUGUCCUCCACACAGGCUAUUCAGGGAUGACACUUUCUGCCUAAACCUAAUUUUUGCUAAUAAGAGACUUUCUUUUAACGAAAAUAUCAUAAAGGCGGGACGUGCCAUCCCUGAUUUGCCCCUGCGGACUACACAGGCUAAUCUGAGACUACACUGUACACACAUUCAUAAAACCCCAUUUUCACAAAGCACGGCCCAACUUUAAUACUGUGGGAAGUACCAUUGUAACAUUAUUAAGACAAUCUUACACUGAAAGUUAAAAUGUUUUAAAAUGUUACAUAUAACAUUUUUGAUAUGUUAGGUCAAGAAACCAUGAUACUUAUUCAGUGCAUAUUGAUUUGUUGCGUUAUUGGCUGUUUUGUUAGAACAAGGUUAUAGAUAUACAAGUGCUAUUUUACUUUGUGCUUAUCUUUUGUUUUAAUUGCUUAUAUGUAGUUCAGGGUCCCUUACUUGAUAUCUGUUAUAACAUGCUACUUUUGACUGGAUUUGUUGAUGAACAGAAAAUAUGCAAGUGUUUUUGUUUUUUGUCUAAAAAUAUUGAUAUUGGUUUUAAUAUGUAAGACUUAUUUAAGGAAUGGUGAAUGCUGUCUGUCAUGUAUAAAUAAUUUAAAUAAACACAAUACAAUUCAUUAAUCUAAUGUAAACUGUUACUUUAAAGAAUUCUAAUUGCCCUGUUAAGCACAGGGUGUUAUUAAAAUCAGAUGUAAUCAAAUCUAUUUGCUGUCUGUCUGCAUGCUAGAAUUUAAUACUACUAAUAUCUUGGCCUUGUUCAUAUCUGGGUUUGCGUUUGUCAAAAACAAGGUUUCCAGGUUAAAUUUUGUGAAGAAUUUGAAGCCAGAUUUAUGACUCAAUCUUGAUGAAUCUUUGUAAGAAUGUUUAUCAAGACAACUUAGCUGAGUUAGAAUCUGAGUCUGGUGCCUCCAAAAUCAGGUCAAUUCUUAGAAAAACAAUUUUACCAUUUUAGAGGCAAUAUUUAUAAUUCAAUCUAAAUGAAGCAUGUUCUAAAUGUUUAUCUUUACAAUAUCUGACCCAGAUUUUAAUCUGUGUCAUGUGUGUCAAAUAACAGGUCAAAUGUAAGAACAAAUAUUUUGUCUACUUUAGAAGCCACAUUGAUGUGAAUAUUUCUUCAUAAAAUGUAUUCAGCUUUAUAUUUUGACAAUAAAAAUACCAUGAUUAAAUGGAUGUCAAGUGUUUUAUAGAACUACUAGGUCAAGUCAUUGUGUGUGCCUUGCAAUCAGGUGAACUCUCAAUGCUAUCAUAUACCUCUUGUUUACUAUUGUUUUAUUAAACAAUACUUAUAUAAUUGUUAAAUGGCAUUUGGAUUUCAUAGGUUAAAUAGUUCAUGGAUAAUGACAUGGACUUUGUGCCAAAUAUCAUUACAAUCAAUUGUUAUUGUAUAUAAUAACUAAGAUGUGCUGAGUAGGGUUGAAUUGAAGUUCUAUUCAACCAUUAUGGUCAUCACAAAUGUUGUCAUAGCUCAUAUAAUAAAUGGAUAGUGUCUUUUUGAUUUAACACAUGUGGCCAGUAAACACUUGUUUGUUCCUUGUUACAGUAUAAUAGUAUGAUAACAAAAAUUAAAUGCAAGUUAUUUUCUUUCUUUCAAGCCUGUAUCUGAAUUUGAGUAUAAAGUACUCUUAUAUGUGUUGUAGAUUCAGGGGUGUGAUUUUUCCUCCUUUCAGCUGAUUUACUCAGUUUCAAUGACAAACAUUUUUUACAAAUACUAGUAGUUAUUAACUUUGCUCGAUCUAUAUACAGAUGAAGACUUUGUUUGAUCCUUGUAAGGCAAGCAGGGCAUUUUCCUCCACUGAGGUUGUUCAUAAAUCACACCCCUGUAGAUUGUGUUAAUAAAAACAAUUGUUUAUCGACAUGGGUAGCUUUAGUUUUCAAGCAGUUUUUAUCUUUUACUUUGCAUAUUGUAUUUGCAUUCAAGAAACACAGGGAAGAGCUGUGUUUUUGUUCAUAAUCAUGAGUUGAAAGAUUCAACUUUUGUGUGCUUUAUACUAUUUUAAAUAAAUAUGUGAUUACCUUGUUA